UAAAAAGACCGUGAUGUCCAAGGUGAUGAUGAGAGUUCAGCAUUCCACUGAACAAGUGACCACCAGGACCACAUCCGUGACCGCUGAAGCCACUUAAUCCAUUAUGUGGUGACCCGUAUGAAUACUGGCCAUUAUAUGUACCAUAAUAUGGAGGCGGUGGAGGCGUCUGUUGAUAAUAGUGUUGUUGAUGAUGAUGGUGGUGAUGAUGGUGAUGAUGUCCCAUUGUCAUAUAUUUGUGUCUUUGACCUUGUUGAUAGUGAGAGAUUGCAUAGUAGGAAUUGAUACUCAAAUCGAAGGGAAGCUGGAUUGGUUUUUAUACACUUUGUUCAGUAACGUUGGUGUAAAUUUCAAUUGGUCUUAUCAUCCUCUUGGUCAUAAUCAUGGUCAUUUUGGUGGCGCAUAUAGUUCAGAUGGUGAAGCUUCAGUCAGGCACUUUGGCGCAGUGAUUGUCAUGGGAUUCUUCGCUGAACACAGCCCAAAUCACCAAGCCGAUCGCCAAAAAAUCAUCCGCCGUGCAUUACAGUGCUAUGAAUGCGCAUAAAACUCUCAGCAGUCGUGAUCAUUUAUCUAACGGUGACCU